CUACAUGCUAGCUAAAAUGAUGAUAAUGAUGACUAGUGUUGAAAAUAAUAAUAAAAGCGAAUUCUACCUGGGGGAGUGAUAUAACUUCUAGCUAGGACCUUUCUCCAUCCCUAUGGGUUGCAUAAUAGCUGUCAAAAUAUUACUAUACGAUAAAAUAUCAAUCAAAUGUUUUCCAGGAACAGUAUUCACUUUAAGUAAAAAAAGUUUUAACGUUAAACAGUUGUAUUUAUUUAUUCCUAAUGCAAUUAGUCUGAAUUAAUUAGGAAUUAGUCUUUUACUCUCUAGCUGUUAGACCUUUAUAAAAGUUUGCAAAAGUUGUGAAAUGGUAGUAGAUCCUAGUUCUUUUAGCAUAUAUACAUUCAGUGUCUUCUCUCUCCCCCUUCUAACGCCGAGAUUUUUUGCGAAUGCUCUAUUACCUUUUUUUUAAAGAAUCGACUUCAUUUUCACUCAGUCUGUCUGAGGUCAUCUUCUUCAUCACCUGCCAAAAGAUUCUCAUGUAAUACGGUUUGGAGUUUUCCUUUUGGACUGAGAAAUCACAAAACAUAGAGAGAGAGAGAGGGAGAAACAUUUGUGUCUUAUCGGUUUUGGUGUUGUCAAGAAGCUGAAGGACAAAAAAUACUACAGUUGUUUUUAGGGUUUUGAGGAAUAAAAUUGGAGCUUUGAGUAGUUGUGGGUAGUGUCUUCUUGAAGAAAAUAUAUUUUUCUUAUACUCUUCUGCCAGUUUAGUCACAGAGGGAUGGAAUUCUCUAGAGAAGCUGGAAUGAUGAUGGAAAAUAAGCGGAGCGUCUGUUCUCUGGAAGAAAGUAGCAUCAAGCGCCAUAAGUCUGAUCUCUCCUUCAGUUCCAAGAGAAAGGACAAAGCUGGAGACCGUAUCUCAGCUCUUCAACAGAUAGUUUCCCCUUACGGAAAGACCGACACUGCAUCAGUUCUUCAAGACGCGUUGCAUUACAUAGAGUUUCUACAUGAACAAGUGAAGGUCUGCCCAUUUCUUUUCAUAUCAGUUCAAUACCAUUACCAUUUACCAACCAUGAUUCUUUCAUCUUCUUACUUAAGAAAACGUCAUGUUCUUCUUGUGCAGGUGCUAAGCGCUCCAUAUCUGCAAACAAUGACCGCUGCUACGCAGGAGGAGCUGGAGCAGUACAGCCUGAGAAACAGAGGAUUAUGUCUUGUUCCAAUGGAGUAUACAGCAGGAGUUGCUCAAAGCAACGGGGCCGAUAUCUGGGCGCCCGUGAAGACUCCUCCAUCUCCAGCUUUUGGUGUGAAGUCUCAGUCACCCUUUAGAUGACUGAUUCGUCUCUUCCCAACCUACUAAGAUCUUUGUCUUAAGCUUAAAAGAGAAGGUCAACUGUAUUGUUUAGAUGAUGCAUGUGUAACAUACAUAGACCAGACUCCAGAGACGCAUGAAGUUGGUUUAGAACAGCUCAGAGUUGGUGAUGGCUGUUUACUAUUCGACUUCUUAUUUGACCAGCUUAUUAUGUAAUUUGCCUAAACAUAAACCAAACGAUUCUAAUGCUAAGUAAUUUUUAUGCCAAAGAUUACCUGAGA